AUGUGGCUUUCUAUGUACGUCCCACGAGCGGUGAUUCAGGACUUGAUAUUCUCGGAAUAUCCAACCGGUUAUCUAGUUUCCUCUUUCACCCGGUUUUCCCGAUGGAUCGCGGUGACCGGGAUGAUGAGGAAUGUGGCGUCAGCUCAUCUUGUUGCAGACAAAAUGAUUGUGAGAAAUCCUUGUGUUCUUGCCCCUCUGGGAGAGAGCAAAAGAUUACCACGAUCGAGAGGUGCGAAAAAAGAACCCUGA